AGUUGGCCUAUCAUGCAUCAAUCUCCACACCUCGAACAUUAUACUGAGCGGUCAUGAUAGAAUUGUAAAGACAGAGUUACCUGUACACGAGAUGACUAAUUUUGCCUUCAUAACUGGCGCGAUUAUUUUUUCAAUUCAAUUUGUACCAAAUCAGUGCCAAGGUUUCCUACCUGGGUCGCUAAGGUUACAAGGGCCAUCAAGUGGCAAUGGUUCUGGCCGUGUCGAAGUAUUACACAAAGGAUACUGGGGAACAAUCUGUGAUGAUGGAUGGGAUAUGAAAGAUGCUAAAGUAGCAUGUCGUCAACUUGGUUAUCAAGAUGUUGCAAGAACUCUUCAGAGGAACGAGGUUCCUUCUGGUUCUGGAAAUAUUUGGCUAGUUGCUCUUGAUUGUACUGGAGAGGAAGAAAAUAUUACAAGCUGUUAUCACAAUGGUUGGGGGAUUCAUUCCUGCACCCAUUCUCAAGAUGCCGGAGUAGAAUGUUCUACAACAGAUUUUUCCACUUCUCCAGUGAAACUGCGGUUACAAGGACCAUUAAGUGCAAAUGGUAUUGGUCGUGUUGAAGUAUUAUAUCAUGGAUAUUGGGGGACAAUCUGUGAUUAUGGAUGGGAUACUCAAGAUGCUAGAGUUGUAUGUCGUCAACUUGGUUAUGAUCUAGAACAUGUACACAGUAGAACUCUUUAUAGAGGCCUGGUUCCUCCUGGUGCGGGACUGAUAUGGUUAGCUCACGUAGCUUGUAAUGGAAAGGAAUAUAACAUUAGAAGUUGUUCUCAUAAUGGUUGGGGGGCUAAUAAUUAUUGUUCUCAUUCUUACGACGCCGGAGUUGAAUGUUCUAACACAGGUGAAAAAAAUUCACCCGCGCCGUUCUUCAAACGCUGUGAAGCAAAUAAUAAAUCUGUCACCCUUCCUUCUCUGAGCCGGUGCAAAUCCCUAUCCUAUGGUAGAUUCUGUAGGCAGAAUUAUUAUACCCAGCUUUUGGAGUCGAGUCAAUCGACAGCUGUUACUGCAUAA